CGUCGUUACUCGCCGCAAUCUUUCGUCUAUACUGUCCUGUUGUUCUCGUUGCUCGGUCUUGCUGGCUACCUCUAUCGCUCUGAUCCCGACAUUCAACUCUCACGCCAGUCAUACACAACUCUCAUUCGCAGAGAUGUUGGCACAUUCGCGUCUACUGAUGAGGAGUGUCGUCUCGUCCACAAGGCCACCGAUCAAUGCCACUACAUUACGAAACAUUGUCCCGCCGAAGAUCCAGGCUUCUACUCUUAUCUCUCCCUCUUCUAUUGCUCCAUGCCGCAUGCCAAGCCAAUCGCCUUCCUUAUCCUGGUCUCUUGGCUUGGUCUUCUAUUCAGUACCAUCGGUAUAGCCGCUAGCGACUUCUUUUGCAUCAAUCUAAGCACAAUUGCUACAAUCCUGGGAAUGAGCGAGAGCAUGGCUGGUGUUACUUUUCUGGCCUUUGGAAACGGCAGUCCCGACGUCUUUUCCACUUUUGCUGCCUUCAGCACAAACAGCAGUAGUCUGGCUAUUGGCGAGUUGUUCGGCGCUGCUGGCUUCAUCACUGCCGUUGUUGCAGGUUCCAUGGCCUUGGUCAGACCUUUCAGAGUGGCCCGAAAGGCCUUUAUCAGAGAUGUCGGCUUCUUCAUCGUUGCUGCAGCGUUUAGUUUGUCCUUCCUGUGGGAUGGAAAACUGCAUCUGUGGGAGUGCAUCACCAUGGUCGUCUUCUACUUCUUUUACGUGGCCUUUGUCGUAGUUUGGCAUUGGUGGAUGGGUGUAAGAAGACGCCGACGCGAAAGAAACGCCGCUGUAAGAGGCCAUUUCCUUGUUCCUGGAAGUGAAGAGGUUGAUGCUGAAGAGAACUACCACGAUGCUGAUGAUGAAGAGUCUACCACUCGUCCUUCGUUCUCGCGUGGGCCCUCAGCCGAUGACUUCUCUAUCCUCGAAAGAGGAGGCACACCUACUAUUGUUGAACCUUACGAAGACGAAGAUGAUGACGAAGCUAGGGAUCGAUGGCUUGGUGAGCUCAAAAGCAACAUGCGCUUAUCAAGACCCGGCCCAAGCUCGCGACGCAACACUCUAACUCCUAUCCGACCUAGUCUGGUAGGCGCUUUGGAGUUCCAAGCAGUGCUCAAAUCGCUGCAGAAAGCGAGGUCCCAUCAAACGAUCCCUAUGCAUACACGGCGCUACUCGGAUGAUCCGACUUACACUACUGCUCAGCAGCAGGAAGAGCUGUCUGGAGAGUCUGAUCCUGCUUCUCGGCCUCCUUUCCAUCCCACGAAUGAAGGCACCUCCCCAACUCUCGAACGACCUGCUCCCGAUGUAUUCAACAACAAGUCUGGACGUACACGUGCUGUCUCUGCCAACGAUGCUGCACAUCUGCGUAUCGAUCCUCGCUUUGUCCAAAAGCACACUCCCAGCAUGCUGGAUAUUGUCGAGGACGAAGACAAUGCACUUCGUCCGCCUUCUCUUCGACCAGCAUCGUUCCGCAGCAUGCCCUCUGGUGGAUCCGCCAGACCGCAAACNCCCGAGGUUACCAUCUCUGAUUUUGAUGAUCAUCUCGCAAAUCCAUGGGAAGCAUCCAACCCUGAGGAAAACACAGCAUCCCCACACUCUCGUGGUCGCUCCACAAGUUCAAUUAGUGUGCCAGUCAUCGAUGUGUCGGAAGACACUAUGGUGUCACCAACUAAAGUUUCUCGUCACAGCAGCCCUAGCCAUUCGCCCCGUACUUUUGGCAAAGAUCUUUACAAUCUCAAGAUCCCAUCAAGCAGUCAUGUCUCGCCAAACACUUCGGCACCUUCUUCGCCAUUUCCAGCAUAUCACGAACCAAGUUCUGCCAGCAGUAGUCGACCACCUAGUCUGUAUCUUCCUCCUGCGAGUGUGUCUGUUGCUUCGUGUCCUUUGACACACAUGGACGACGAGCAAGACGAGAAACCGCUGCGCUGGUGGCCCUACAAAAUCCUUCCUCCACCUCUCAUUGACAUAAUCGACCCUAUCAGAUCAAGAUCUCCGAGUGUCGUCCAUCGGGAUAUUGAAAGCCCGCAUUCCCAUGUUUCCGACUAUGUUCAUCCCUCUGCUGGUCCAGGAGCUGGGAGUGCCGCAGUAGCAACCCACGUUGAACGAGAUUAUCUGUCGGUGCCUGGCGAGAGAGAUCCUCUUAUAUCACCCGCCGCAAGCUCCGCUCUGCCGUCGCCUCUUGCACCUAGUGCUAAGAUACAACCUCAAUACUGGAACAGAUGGCUGACUAUCACUCAGCUGUUCUUGGCUCCUUUGUUGAUCGUAGUGGUGAUUUACACACAGUACCUCGACGAUACCGACAGCAUAAAACCCUUGAUACGACCAAUGCUGAUAUCUUUACUCGUGUCGGUUGUCCUUCUUAUUCCUUUACUCUUAACCACGACCCCCACUCAUAGACCGAAACCCUACAACACCAUCCUCUCCAUGGCUGGUUUUGUAGUCUCGAUAGCCUGGAUUUCAACGAUCGCGGCGCAGGUAGUCGCCGUCUUGAAAGCGCUUGCUAUCAUCAUGAACAUGUCUCACGCAAUCAUGGGUCUCACCAUCUUCGCUGUUGGUAAUUCUCUAGGAGAUCUCGUCGCAGACAUCACUGUUGCAAGACUGGGCUACCCAAUCAUGGCUUUAAGUGCAUGUCUUGGUGGUCCCAUGCUUAACAUUCUCUUGGGCAUCGGUCUCUCUGGCUCUUGGAUUUUGAUCCGUGGAGCAGAGCACAGGCACGCGAAACAUCCGGGAAAACCAAUCCACUUCCGGACUUACGAGAUUCAGGUUGGGCAGACCUUGAUCGUCAGUGGUGUCACGUUGCUUGUCACUUUGGUUGGGCUCCUCAUCGCUGUGCCCAUGAACAAGUGGAUACUGAGCAGAAAAAUUGGAUGGAUCCUUAUCGGUGUGUGGUGCAUCAGCACUACAAUCAAUGUUGUUCUAGAAGUCCUUGGAAUCGGUGAAUCAGGAGGCGAGGANAAAAGAUCCAUGGCUGUUAGCUUUGGG